UGCGCUGGCUGGUAGCGUGACCAUCCCAAAUCGAAGAGAGAUGAAGCCCGGCUCCUUCAUCGCAGCGACGAUUCAAAUCUUCCUCGCCGGAAUGGCUGUUCACCCUGUCGGAGCCAGCAACCGCCUCGACAACGCGGUGAUCCUGCUCAAGGCGGAGAAUUCGAGCCCGGUGUUCUUCUGUGCCGUCUUCGUGCCUGCCAUCAAGGACCUUCCCAAGAAGGAAGAAGACGCCGAGUACCAACCGUUCCUGAACACGCUCAACGACACGGAUUGUGACUACGAGCGGCGUGGCUUCGAGGGCAAAGUGGUGCUGUUGGAGCGCUGCGACAACACCUCCAAUGACGAGCUCAUCCAGCAAGCAAAAAGCGCCAAGGCUAAGGGCGUCCUGGUUUCCGUCAACGCCAGCCGCGCGGCUGAAGAAUCGAAGACCGUUAUCAAGAAGCUCGACAUCAUGGUUGGUUUUGUGGCCAACGACACUGCUCAUAAGAUUGCGCGCUAUGACGACCACAACAACCAGAGCCUGGUGGUGAAGCUCUUCUGGAUGCCAACGUCGUUCGACUGGAGCUUCAUCGUUAUCUGGAUGAUCGCCAUGGGAACAGUCGUCGGCGGCGCCUUCUGGUCCGGCAUGGUGCAACUCUCCCAGUACCAGCCGAAGGUCACCAAGCCCAAGAAGAAAUCUCGGCGCGCCGUCAAAAGCCACCACCAGGCUUCAGAAGCAAACGCAAACAUCGCAUCUAACGGGUCCCUGGUGCACAUCCCCGCUGACCAAGACUUCUCGGAUAGCAUGGGCGAGAUGGAAGAGGAUUUCGCGGUGCCCCUCUCUCCCAAGCUGGUCAUCAUGUUCGUGAUCCACAUGAGCGUCAUGCUGCUCGUGCUGUACUACUUCUACCGGUACCUCGUUCACUUGAUCGUCAUCAUGUUCGCCCUAGCAUCGGCAGCAGCCCUACUCGCCUGCUUGGAGCCUCUCGUCAACCGGAUCAACAUUGGAACGUCCAAGGUCCCCAAGCAGCUGGCGUUUUGCUGCCAGGCGCCCAUGGAGAUACGAGAGGUGGUGCUGAUGGUGGUCUCGUUCGGUGUGGCGCUAGCCUGGCUGCUACUGCGUCACAACGACGCCGUAGGAUGGGUCCUGCAAGAUAUGCUUGGCAUCGCCUUCUGCAUCAACAUGCUCAAGUCUAUACACCUGCCAAACCUCAAGAUGCUGGCCCUGCUGCUCUCCCUGCUGCUGGUGUACGACGUGUUCUUCGUCUUCAUCACGCCUCUCCUUCGCGCGAACCGCGAAAGUGUGAUGGUGGAAGUGGCGAAGGGCGGCAACCUCCAGGAGGCGCUCCCCAUGGUGGUGCGCUUUCCGAGGCUCGUCAAGGGCAAAUACCACGCCUGUUUCCCGCGCAAGUACUCCAUGCUCGGCCUGGGAGACAUCCUGGCGCCCGGGCUUCUACUCUCUUAUUGCCACGCAUUCGACCUUCUGUCCCUCGGAAAACGGUUUUACUUCUACAUUUCAUGUGCCGCGUACGGCGUGGGCAUGGUGGCGACGUUCCUGGCUCUGCACCUGAUGCACAUGGCUCAACCGGCGCUGCUCUACCUGGUACCAUGCACGAUCGUGCCCACCGUUGUCACAGCCUGGUACAAGGGACACCUCUUCGCCAUUUGGAACGGUCUGCGGCUUCCCAGCGCGCCGCCACUGUUGGCAACGGGGGCGCCCGAGAACAGCCGUCCUCCUCCCACGAAUGAGCGCGACCGGACUCCCAACCAUUCGGAGACCGAAGAGCUCAUCCCCGACGAGCCCACGGACCAGACAGGCACCGGAGGACGACACAAGAAGUCCCGUCGCAGGAAAAGGUCUCGACGCACCUCUGAAAGUGCAACGAAGAGCCCUGCUGGCGGGAGCGCGAAGGAAGUAGUGGCCGCCGAAGGCGACGAAACGACCCACGAUGCCGAGCUGCUCGUCGCAGUCGAGCGCCUCAUCAUGCCAUCGCCCAGCGCGCUCCCCACCAGCCCGCCAAAUGGCGUCGAAGACGUCGCCGGCGUGCGCAAGCGCUCCUCCGCCGCCACGCUUCACUGGGAGGAGCCAUUCUUCUGCGCGCAGGGCGGCAAGUUGGUCCCAGUGGCCGACCUGCCACCGAAGGCCACCGCCAGUCCGUUCCCGCCCGCCUAGCGGACGACUACGCAACCGGCUCCCGGGAGACGGUCGUCCAUUAUGCUCGGAAGCUCCCGGAAAAUAUAGAA